AUGGCUUCUCAGCAGCCGCUUCAACCUCCUUCAUCCCGGCAGGAAAACAAAACCAACUACUCCUCCAAAGCAUCCAAAGGCCGCAAUCCACCCUCCUCAGCAGCGCAAGACGAGGACUCCGGCUACCUUCUCGUUCCGGAGUGGUACAGCGAAUACGAGAUUUUCGUCAAUUCGUACGGCCUGCGAAUGUGGGACGGCGAAUAUCCCUCCUUCGGGGAGAGGAUCCAAGAGGGCUCCUGUGAGGCCGACCGGCGGCAAGAGCGGUUGCGUGAGGAAGGGGGUGAGACGGGCGGUGGACGCGCUGGGGAUGAACGGAGUGAGGAUGCUGCUCGGGGAGGUGGUUGCGAGGCGAAGGGGGAUAGCAGCUACUGUGGGUGUGAUGAUUGCGAGUCUGAUGCUGCUGCUGCGCCUGGGGAGUGCCGAGCGGUAAAGAAGGAGGAGGAGGAGGAGGAGGAUGAGAAGCAGGGCUGUGAUGACGACGCGCGACAGCCAGCCGGAGUCCGUCCAGCCCGUAGGUGCCCAACUGGAAGACCGGGUGAAAGAGUCGACUUCUGGACGAGACGAAAACGCUCAGCAGGAUCACGGCCCAGAUACACGAGACGCGCGAAGCGCUGA